UCCAUACUACCCCAUCCCUAUUUGUAAUGGCGGCCAAAAAUCAAUUUUGAAAUGUGACAGCGGGUAGAUUGCAUUGUUUGUCUCCAAAAGUCUCAAUAAAUUAAUAAUUUUUUAUGAAUUGUUAUUAAAUUUUAUAAUGGUAAAAGUUUAAAAACUAACAAAAGAAUAUACGGUUCUAUUUUAAUUAUGUCAUCUGCGUUACAACUAUUAUGGUCGAUGAUGUAAGAUUCACUAAGUAAAAUACUUAGUCUUGAGGAACGAGAGAACGUUUUUGCCGCGGAUCGCGUUAAGAUUCACUACGCCAUGGAAACUGAAGAAGGAACUGGUAAUCAUGAUAAGGAAGACCAGGAGAGUAGCUCUCAUACUACUCCGCAAGAACACCGGUCUUUUGCUGAAUUUGCGAAAGAUAAAUUAGAUAGCGCCGGAAGAGAGCUGCGUCGACGUCUUCCAAUGGCUGGACAACUUGGUGCACACCUGAUGCAUCCACGUCGCCUGCUGCUCCACUCAACACCUACCAACCACACGGAUGUUGUGCUUAUAUUCCCUAAAGGUCUUCCGGACAGCAUGCUCCUCUGGCUGCUGCAGAAGCUGCGCGGCAGCCGGCCUCGUCUCCAGGUGUGCGUGAGACAGCACGCAUCGGCGCAGUGCUCCGCCUUCUACAUCGCUGCUGAUGAUGACGUCUUGCUACAAACUGCCGAGGAGGUGCAUCUUCCAAAGUUAUUGAAGCCUGAAUUCGGUGGUGGAUAUAAAGAGUUCACAGUUCGAGAUAUGCAUUGUUUUCAAAAUGGUACAACAGCAUCAGAGUUAUUGAAUUCUCAAGAGCGAGGUGCGUUAGUGAAACAUGUGCUGGAGUCGGCGAGAGCGGAGCCCGGAGAUGAACACGCCUUGGAGCCCGCGCUCACUCUGAGACCCGGACAGAGUAUAGUGCCAGCGUGUGUGAGCCGGGGAGUGAUAGCGAGCAUGUUCCCCUUGCACGACAGAGCGGCUCUCGACAGCCUGCGAAAGAAAUGGGUUAAAACGCUUUUUACGCCGCAGCCGCUGGAUGAAAUAAGUGAAUAUUUCGGUGUGAAAAUAGCAAUGUAUUUCGCAUGGCUCGGUCAUUACACGCAAUCUCUCACGGUGCCCGCAGUUGUUGGUUUUAUAUUUUGGAUUUGGUUGGGAACAGCAAAUGAUAAUUGGAAGGAUAUUGCUCAUGUGUUAUUUUCUCUAUUCAAUGUGCUAUGGGCAUGUGUUUAUUUGGAGACUUGGAAAAGGUAUUCUAACGUGUUAGCGUACAGAUGGGGUACGUUGGAUCAAAGAGACGAAUUAUUAGUUGAACCGAGACCGUUAUUUCAGGGCGAGAUGGGCGUGAGUGCGGUGACGGGGCGGCCCGAGCCGCAGUACGCGGAUUGGUGGGAGAAUACGUUGGUGUACUUCAGUUGGAUCCCGCGCGCGCUGCUGGCCAUCAUCAUCGCGGUGGAGGAGGAGGUGUACGCCAGGAUCGCCAGGUGGCUCAACGAUAAAGAAAAUUAUCGACUAGAAACAAAAUAUGAAAAUCAUCUGAUUGUCAAAAUUGCAUUGUUUCAAUUUGUAAACUCGUUCAUGAGUUUGUUCUACAUUGCGUUUUAUCUUCAGGAUAUGGAUAAAUUGAAAGAGCAAUUAGCUGUAUUAUUAAUAACGAGGCAAAUAAUUGGUAAUCUAAAGGAAUCAGCUCUUCCAUAUCUUAUAGAGAAUUUAAGAUUGGCAAAAAUAUGUGUUGAUGUGUUUGGUGCUAUAAGUCCCAGCAAAAUACCUUCAUCAUCACAAAUGACGGAGUUGUUCGAGAAGCGCAGCGGCGACGCAGCGCCGAUAGCAAAUGGUACUGACAGAGAUGUGGACAGGGAAUCAGAGCCCGCGACCGGACAGAAAGUCAUACAUCAAGCGGAACUUGAAUCACAGCUGUUUAAGCACGCGAUGGAGGCGCUGGUGGCGGUGGCGGUGCUGGUGAACUGCGCGCUCAUCGGGCUGUCGGGGCCCGUGCACCGCCUGCUGCCCGACGCCACGCCCGCGCAGACGAUACUCGUCAUUGUUGCCUUGGAGCACGUGGUGCUGGUCAUAGUGUUCGCGCUGCGUAUCGCCAUCCCCGAGAUCCCGGGCUGGCUGGCCACCGAGAUGGCCAAGGUCGAGUUCCAGAGACGAGAGGCCAUUAAAAACGCACACGCACCACUUUUGUCGGAGUGCCCGAGCCAGGAGGAGGUGCGGACGAGCUCGGCCACGCCCACCACGCCGCGCCCCGACAAGAACAAGAAGCUCUUCAUAGGCAAGAUACCUGAAAUACCGCCCUUCAGACCGAAAGCAGCUUCGAUAACUGAACCAGCGGUGACUACGGGGUCCUUGCAAAUGUUACAAGAUGUCAGUCCAACGAAACCUGUUAGACGUAAGACUUUGCCUGCGCCGAUGUUGGGCGGCGAGCUGUCUCUCAUACCGAUAGAACAACUUAUACAAGUGGAGGACGUCAAGCCGCGACAGGUCACGUAA